GGUUUAGAUAAAACCGUUAACCGUUACUCCAAAAUCGCUAUACCAAACGGAGCCUAAAACAAAACAGAAUAAGCAUGAAAAACAGACAACAAUUGUAGUUACUGCUAAGCCCUCGUGUAGUCGUGCGUUGUUGAUCGUCGGCUUGUCCGCUCAGGCAAUGGCGAAGACGCCGAUUGGGCUGGAGCCGGUGGUGGGUUCGCUGACUCCGUCCAAGAAGAGAGAAUACAGAUUCGCCAACCGUCUCCAAGAAGGGAAGCGCCCCUUGUACGCCGUCGUUUUCAACUUCAUUGACUCUCGCUACUUCAGCGUUUUCGCCACCGUCGGCGGCAACCGGCUUAAAGAUGUAGCUGAAGCCUGUUCAGAGCUCAAGCUCAAUCCAGCUUAGUUGGAUUAAUUACUUUUUGUCUUCACCUUUUAUAUCUUCAUUUGUAUUUUGUAUGUCUAUGGUUGUAUGAUCUAAUCUACUGUAGCUAUAUAUAUUAACAAUGUCAAAUUUGAAGCAUUUAGUAUUUGUUUGACCUGGUUGAAGUUUUUAAUAAAAAUUUUGUUGAAAA